AUGUACUCCUGGAUUUUUAUCUUCAGGCUCUUGCAAAUCCCCAUAUUUGUCUCUGCUGGUAUCUAUAAUAUCAGUACAUGUUAUUACGUAAUCACUGAAGAAUUUCACCAUGAAGGAGAUGUUGUGGUUGGUGCAUUUUUCCCUCUUCAUACUUUCCACACUCAAAAGAGAAUACCACAUCCAGUUGUACCAUAUGAAUAUGUGGACUAUCAAAUACAGUAUAACUUUAAGAACUACCAAUAUAUUCUUGCUCUGCAAUUUGCAAUUGAGGAGAUCAAUGGGAACCCUAAUCUUUUACCCAACAUAUCUCUUGGAUUUGAUUUCUACAAUAUCAGAUUCACUGAGAAGUACACUCUUGAUAAUGCUUUAAUUUGGUUCACAGCUCUUGUGCAUAGAAAGUAUUUUCCUAAUUACAAUUGUAAAAAGAGAAAUUUCACUGCAGCACUCACAGGAACAUCAUGGAUAACAUCUGCACAAAUAGGGACNUUGCUUCAACUCUUUAAAUUUCCACAGAUUACCUUUGGACCUUAUGAUCCUUUAUUAAGUGACCAGGGUCAGUAUCCUUCUCUCUACCAGAUGGCCCCUAAGGACACAUCUCUUUCACUUGCCAUUGUUUCAUUGUUGGCUCAUUUUAGGUGGUCAUGGGUUGCUGCUUGUGGACGUUAUGGCUGGGUGCAAGCAUCCUCAUCUUUAUUGAUCCCUCAGUCUGUGUGCAAUGAGAAUUGUAAGCCUGGAUUCAGAAAGGUAACCCUAGAGGGCAAGGCCAUCUGCUGCUACAAGUGCACGCCUUGUGGAGACAAUGAGAUUUCUAAUGAAACAGAUGUGUACCAGUGUGUGAAGUGUCCAGAGAGUCAUUAUGCAAAUACAGAGAGGAACAACUGCUUCCAAAAAUCUGUGACCUUUCUUGGCUAUGAAGACCCCUUAGGGAUGGCUCUAGCCAGCAUAGCUUUGUGCUUAUCUGCACUCACUGUCUUUGUUAUUGGCAUCUUUGUGAAACACAGAGACACUCCUAUUGUAAAGGCCAAUAAUCGUGCUCUCAGUUACAUUUUGCUCAUCACACUCACCUUCUGUUUCCUGUGUUCUUUGAACUUCAUUGGUCAGCCAAACACAGCUGCUUGCAUCCUUCAGCAGACCACGUUUGCAGUUACAUUCACUAUGGCUCUUGCUACUGUUUUGGCCAAAGCUAUUACUGUGGUCCUUGCCUUUAAGGUCAGUUUUCCAGGGAGAAUAGUAAGGUGGCUAAUGAUAUCAAGGGGUCCAAACUACAUCAUUCCUAUGUGCACCCUGAUCCAACUUCUUAUUUGUGGAAUAUGGAUGACAACUUCUCCACCGUUCAUUGACCAAGAUGCUCAUACUGAAUAUGGACACAUCAUCAUUAUGUGCAACAAAG